AUGAGUUCUCUGUUUGACAAGGGACACCUCCUGCCCGCGCGCAGCGUCGACUCCGGUAAUACGAGCACCACCACAUACGGAAGCGCGGCGAAUGCUCAGAAUUAUCUUGCUGUUUUCACCUCUACUAUUGCCGACGGCAUACCCUUAGUGGCCAUCCUACUCUCCAUUUACUUUGUCGGUAAUGUCGUUCUGCCUAUAUCAUCGGAUCAACUGGCCAGAACAGGAAAGACCAGUAGUCGGUCGGGCAUUCACGUAGUAAGAUUAGACUUGUGCUGCAUCUACCAUAAUCCUACUCCUACUCUGUCGCCCGAUUCCGGUGUCAUGGCCAAGUCAAGAAACCCGGGGACGGAAAAGGAUGAGGGUAGUUCCGAGCAUCAACCGACUGAAAAGUAA